AUGCCAGAUGCGGAAGAAGAAGCGCAAGGAUCUUCAGGGAACAACGCUCUGGACGUGACCUGGAGAACUCUCGCUCCAACCGAUGAGGACGAAGAGGACGGCACGAAGCUCAGGCUGGCGAGAGCCGUCCGGAAGAUGCUUUGGACGCGCAGCUCAAUGCAAUUCUCGGACCCAACUGGUGGUCGGGCCUUGGUGCGCCUCGGCGAGCUCAGUGUCCAGUGCCGCCCUUCGGGAGGGGCGGAGGAGGCGGUAGUGGGGGCGGCGAAGCAUGGCGCGGAAGAAUCUGCAACAAGCUUGUCCUGUGUCGUGGUCAGGAGCCUCUCCGCAGCCCCCACCAUCGUCUUCACACCGAAGCAGGCACCGAAGCACAAGGUCCCGAUCGAACAACCGCCAAACGGUCUGCUGCCUCAACAGCAGUCGCUUCCGCCGCUGCCCUCAGGACCGUCGUCGUCUGCGCUGCUGCCGGGGUGCCUGCGAACGCUCCUUGGAAACCUCCGAAAUUUUCGCCAGUGGCUGAUGAGCCGAGAGCGGCUGCCGCUAAUGUGGCCGUCGCCACAGCUGGGUUCUUCCUCUGACACCGUGGACUUCCAAGUACUCGAGGUCAAGGUCGAAGCAAGCGCGGUAACCGGCACUGUGGACGCUGGGCUGGCGGGGUGGUUUAACCUGCGGGGUGUGCACGAGGCAGGAGCGUUGACGGCGAUGAUACAACGGAGAACGAAUCUGAUCCUCGCUGGUGGCACACCCCAAGCGAGGACCGACGGUCCUCAAAAGAUUGUGUCGAUUGACACCGUGAGGGUUGCUGUAGAGGAGUUCAUCGAAAACCCUCCCACCAUAGCUAGGGAACCCAGAGAAGAGAAGGUAGCUGGCCUUGGCGGGAAAAGACGGCGUGGGCACCCGGGAUGGUUCGACUUUGAGGCGGACAACGUUAGUGUACAACAGGGACAAACCGAGCAUCGCGGCAAGAGCCGCAUCCCGGCUCCCUGCGACAAGCUGCUCCGUUCGUUGGGAGGCUCGCGCUCGGACUCGGUCGCCGUGGUGCAAGACACCUCUAUGUUGUUCAAGUGCUCUCGGGCGAGCGUUUCCCUCGCGGACAGGCUUCCUCCUCCCUUCGCGGCGUCUGCAACGGCGGCUUCGAGAAUGCGGGACUCGGCCAUUUUCACCGGCUGCCCUCUUCACCCCCAAGGCGGCGCUCGUAACGGAGACAACGGCCACAACAACAGCAACAAUCGGGACGACAACGCCGCUACAAUAGGCUUCGUCGAAACGUCUACGGAAGGUUGCCCCGAAGGAGUUCCGUUAGGCUUUGCCGAAGGCCGUGCCAAAGACGACGGCGACGCCACGACAUGGAGCCGCCUCAAGCUGGAACUCCGCGGCGUGCGCAUGGACAAGGUGGUGGAGAAAGACUCCUUGGGAAGGACGGCAAGGGCUACGAUGGCGGUUUCAUGCAAGGAGGUGUCUGGGACUGAGAGCAUCGGAGAGGAGUACUGCGAGCAUAUCGUCAAUUUAGUAGGGCUCUCCUUCGCUCAGGUCCGCGUUGCCAAUGUACCACUGGUUCUCGGACUCGCACCCGACGCCAAAGCGACCGGCAACGACACUCAAGCGAAACCCGGCGGCCGCAACGGUGCCACCGGUGAUACCGAGGAGGUUGAUGACGACGGGAGCGGUCAGCCCACUGCUGCGGCAACGAGAGGCGGCGAUGGUCAUGUUGCGACGGCGGCCUCAGCGGCGCCUGUUGGAGGAGAGGGAGCGAUCCCGUGCUCGCCUCCGCCGCCUGCAGCAAGGGGAGCAGUAAAGGCAGAGAAUAUUAUCAUUGAUCGGACAGACAUGGCGUGGUCUGGCUCGGUUCACUGCAUGCUCCUACGUCUGUCCCAGCGAUUGGUAUUGACAAUCGACCACCUCGUGGGCCUCCCACCGCCGCCGCCCCCGGUAGAGUUCACAAGACGAGUGCUCUUGCGUGGAGCUUACCUCCGCUGCGCGCUUUCGGAGGUGACGGAAGGCCGCCCGCUACGGUCGCCGCCUCCGUCCCAGCGACCGCUGGUGCGCCCCUCGCGCUCCUCCUCCUCCUCCUCCUCUUCCACCUCGUCUCCAGACGAUCAUUCUUCCCUGCAUCCGGCAACGGAAGGUCGACCCCGUAGCCUGGACAGCGACCACGCCGGCGGCAAGGAAGGAGCCCCGUGUUUUCCCGCUUCGUCGGCGCCGUCACAUGCCCCAUGGUGUCACCACCGGGCGGUCGUCCGCCUCGCUAACUUCAAGAUGAGCAUGAAGAAGGAGAAGCACCAGGGAGAACAUCGGGACUCCAAUACUGACUCUGGCCAUGAUCGGAAUCCACUAGCGAAGACAGUUUUUCCGUCAUAUCGUCCACGUGAAAAAAAUCAAGGAGAAGGAAGGAGGGACAAUGGCAGGUCAUCGACGCCGCAGGAUGAUAACCCGGCGCCGGACCACGACGCCAAGACGACAAUGGACGCAGACUUACUGGAAAUCCUGGUACCUUCACCGCGACCACUGCAGGCCGACCUCACACAACAGCCCGGUCUUCGCUUCGCGUCUAGCGGAGCAUGGCAAGAAGGGGCAGGAGACGAUGGCAGUUGUGCUCCAACCGCAGCCUCUCCUCGUACUGACCCCCACGAAGAUAAGACAGACAUGGAUAGAUUUCCGAAAGGUGAUGACGAAAGGCCGUCGACGGCAGCAGCGGUGGGAGUCUCCGCCACCGCGGCAAGGAACGAAGGAGAGGCCAUCCCUGCGUGUCGGGAGCAUCGGCGACGGACAUGGUGUGGAUUGAUGGAACCGGCGACAAGGAGUGGUCAUAGUGGCGGCGCCAAACCACUUGUCGAGGAACGUUCUCAGGCGCAAGGUGCAGUGGGCGAGGAGAAGACAGGGGGGGAAGACGGAGAGGCUACGGGGUCGAAAGGGGACGGAGUCGGCGGUGACAACGAGGGCGCCGGUGACGGUCACCCGGGCGAUGGCGACGACAGCCUUGCCAGAAUGACCAGAAUAGUCGCCAUCAGCUCCUUCAGGUUCCGACGAAGCCUUGAUUGGUCUUUGCCCCGUCAACAGCAGCACGAGUCGCUUGCCUCGGCUGCGACUGGUGGUGCUGCUUCGGCCACGCUCAGCAGCGGUAGUGGUGAGCCGGGGGCUGGGCCGAAAGGAGGAGCGGGGGGAGUCCGCCGGGGCCAAAGCAACGACAGCGACAACGGGUGCAGCGCUACUGCAAGAAGCCGGGACGAGAAUCGAGGAACGGAAAAUACUUGCUCUCUCGACGUGAAAGCACAACGAGGGAGCGCGGGGGCGCGAGGACAUAGAAGCGGGGACGGAGGCGUGGGAGAGGAACUGUCGCAGCCGCCGUUGUGGUCGAGGAUGGGCAUCGAGGUACGCGCGGGGCACAUAGCGGUGUCUUUACCCCCUCGAUUUCAGCUGGGUGACUUGCAGCUCGCGGCGAUUCUGCAGUGGAAGGGGAUUCAGGAAGCUCUAGGCGAGACUUCUCCCUCUUCGCCGUCGGACUCUUGCGCCACGUCCGUCCUACUGGGAGGGUUCACCCUCCACCUGGAAAGGGAACCACCGCCAGAGCGAAUGCCGCCACCCAUUUCUCCCCCGCCAGCCUCUCCCUCGAGUUCUCCUCCGUCUCCACUCCCACGCUCAAAACUCCAGCGGCAAGGAGCGGUCACGUUCGUGAGCACCGCUAGCACAAGCGAAGGCCGUCACAGUGGUUCGGGAUUUUUUUCCGCGCUACACCUGGGCCGAGGGAGCGGUAGCAUCGGUGGCGAUGCCGCGGGUUCGGGAGGCGGCGCCGGCGGAGGGGGACGCGGCAACAGCAGCAACAGCAGCAGCAUGCCGUGGCCGCAGCACCCGAGAGCGAUCUUUAAGGGCUUGAGGCAGAGCGGUGCGAGCCUCUCCUCCCUUCUCGGGUUCGGCAGCAGCGGCAGCGGGAGCGAUCUCAGCGAUCACGGGGGCGGAGAUAACGCCAGGCCGACCACCCGCCGGAGCUCAACCAGCCCGGCGGCCACCGGAGCCGACACCCCCAAGCGUCGCAGCAAGCGAAUCACACAGGUUCCCGAGGGUGAAGGCGGCGAUGAAGAGGGAGGGGUUGGCGACGGUAGAGGUUUCGGCAUCGACACAAACAGAGGUAGAAAUGUAGGCGACCGGGUUUCGGAGACAGAGAGUGCCCGCAAAGCUCGAGGGGACGGGUUUGGCGGAAAUGAAGCGAGGGCGAAACCGCUGGCGGUGCUCACUCUCGGCGAAAUCAGUUUCGAGCUUUCGCGAAAAGAACCUCAGCCGACGCUGCUCGCCGCGGUUCGGGAGCUUGACGAGCAUCCAGGGCCCGUGACAUACGGGCAGGCGAUGGGGGGGUGGGGGAAACUCUCUUUAUCGUCUACCGCCGUAUACCUGGACGGGCUGCCGGUGCCGUACUUGACCGCAGACAACGUCGUCGUGGAUGGCCUUUUCGCGAGAGGGAAACUGUACGGCGACCUCGGGGGUGGCGUAAAAGGAGUGACCUUCGUGCACCUUUCUCUCGACGCGGACAAGGUGGAAGUCACUGCGCUGCUUGGCCGCUCACCGGCUGCACUCGGGGCGAGUUUGAGGCUGCUGGUGUCCAAAGCUAAGGUGGCGUACACUUGUGGACAUCUGGACCUGAACCUGCAACACACCUUGCUUUCCACCCCAGCCCGGCCCCCUGCGGAGGUGCUUAGAAUGGAGGACGUAGCAUCAGGCCCGCCCGCAGAUCUUCGCCGGCGAGGAAGCAGCAGUUCGCACGCCAGCCCUUGUCAGAGCCCUGUAAGCAGAGGGCAGAACACGCGGAUCCGACCAGCCUCAAGGCGAUACCAGCAUCCCAACAAAACUCCUCCGUGCCCGUUGUCCGGGCUCGACCGCGAACGCGGCAGCGGGGGCUGUAGUGGCAACGUCUACGGUAGAAGAACAAGCGCCGCUGCCGCGUUGGGCUCAGCGGCGGCCGUCGCAGCAGACGCCUUCUCCUCCGAGGAAAAUUCUUCGCACCCGCAACGCCAACAGGAAGGACGCUGCAGUUUUCCGUCGCUUUCGCCGUCCAACUCGGUGGGGGUAGCACCCUUCGUUAGCGGCCUCCCCAGCAGCAACGUGGGAGGAGUGAUGCGAAUGGAUUGCCCCGCUUUCCAGGCGAAGCGGGGGGUAGGAGAUGUCCUCGACGGCGGCAACGGCGGGACAGCUAAGGGCCUGGGUGACAGUGGCGGCAUUUUCGGCGCGCGGCACAGCGUCGCCUUCGUUGCGGAGAUAAUGGUGAUACUAGACAUCGCAUGGACCUGUGCGGGACACGCCGGUCCCAACGGCCACCACCUCGAGAUUAUUUCGACUGCCGGUACGGUCGGCCAGGGCAGAGAAGACGGAAGGGGCGCGGUCGCUGGCAGUGCCGCCGCCAUUGCCACCACCACCGCCACCGCCACCGCCACCUCCGGCGUCUCUUCCGGCGUCUCUUCCGGCGUCUCUUCCGGCGGAGGGGCUGGGUUUUGUUCCCCGCCGAUACCGGCAUCUCGUCCUGCCAAUCCGUCCGUCGAAGGGAACCGUAGUGAGACCAACAACUCCGCCACUGCCACGGGCACCAACGGUCACAGCGACUUGUGGGCGCCCUACCGAGCGACAGGUCUGAAACUCAAGGUCUCGGCGGAAAUAUCGCCGGACAAGAUCGGCGGCGGCGGCGGCGACAGACAAUCUCCGCAGGGACAGGGAGGAACGUGUGUAUCCCGCGCUACGAGUCCCGUACCCGUAAGGAGGACAAUCAGCAGCAGCGGCGGCGGCGGCAGUCUCGGGAUAUCACCCGUCCACGGGGGAACCCUGAAACGUGUCCCCAGAAACAACGGCAGCAGCAGCGGCGAUGAUCACGCCAGGAGGCCUAACUCCUUCCCUAGGAGCAAACCAAUGGGCGAGGAGGACAAGGAGGAGGACGACGACGACGCGGGCGGGAGCGACACCUGCAGCGGGCUCCGCGCGCACCGCCACCAACGCGCUGACUCGGACGGGCCCUUGCGGCCCCGGCGGUGGAGGAGGGCGAAGGCACCCGAGGUGGCGGGCCACGGUAAUGUAACCGGCAGCGGGUUCCUUUCGGACAUGAGGCGAAGGCGUUCCAGGACCGUUAACGAUAAGCUAGAAGAACAGGCUCCUCUGGAGCAGGCUGAAGCGAGGCGGGGAGACAAGCUGAGCAUCGCGCGGCAAGUGUUCGAUGGCGGUGGGGGCGAGGUUGAGGCGCUCGCCGACCGCAGCAGCACCGUUGGCAGCAGGAGCAACGAAGAGGGAGGAGGUAGCGUUGGUGGUGGAGGAGAGGAAGAGGGAGAAGGGGGACAAGAACAUACAUCGAGACGGCAACCAUUCCCGUCGCUCUUUAUCACGGCGAACGAUGACAACGAAACCGCCGGUGGCCUGUCUGGAUUUGCGGAAUUAGAUUCGGCGGCAGCAGCGGGAGGGAGGUUCAGUGGGCCUGCGUCUUGUCCUUCGCGGCCGUCUGGUUGCCAAGGAGAGGCAAGGGAUUCCUUCAACGCGGAACCUGCACAGGGGGAGAGAGAAGAGCACGUUUUCGGGCAGGGUUUCUGGAUAGCCUUGCGCCUCGACCUCAUCCAGUGGUUCAUGCCACUCCCAAUCGCCGGCACCGCCGCCGCCGCCACCGACGACUACGAGGCGGAGAUGUCCUCCGCAACGCCGCCGGGGGAAAACUCGAGACACGGGGCGACGGCGGCUGCGUCCUCAGCAGCAACGACGUCAACUCCUCAAACCGCACAGAGACCUACGGCGGGCGUCUCGGAGCCUACCGAGGACCCCGAGGAAGCCAACAUCUUAACGCUGGUCGAGUCCGUGAGCGUGCGCGCGUCCGUGCGCGGGCUCGCCCUCGCGACGUGGAGAGGAGCCGACAACCGUGACGGAUUUGCGUUGGACAUUGACAGUAUCGAUGCCUCAACCAGCGGCAGCAUCGGCGACAGCAGCGCCAGUGGGAAACACGUCGAGCUGCGCCUCUAUGCUGUCCGUCUUUCUCGACUCGACGUCGCCCUCGACGACCCCUCGCACGCCGAUAGUCGCCGCGAGAGUGGCGAAGGAGGGGAGAGCUUGCCCCCGUCCCCUCCUUCUUUCGGAGGGCAAAGGCUGUCUCGCCUGUGGAUCGGUCGGCGCUUAUCUUACCGUGACAGCCGGGGUACUCCUCGCCUCCCCACCACGCCUACUCAUGGCAAGGGAUCAAUGGUUUCUGUACCGGCGGCCCCCGGGAGCGGAAGUCCUACGGACGGCGACAACGCCGCUGCCGCUACUUGUGACGCUAGUGCAUUUGGAAAUGACAAAGCCAAGAACAGCCACAACGCCGGAGAGAACCAGUCGCCUGCUGCAGCCGACGUCCCACCAGACGCCGAAGGUCUCCGGCAACAACCAAAGCUCGCCGCCGGCUUAUUGGGCAACAGCGUGGGAAGAAUCCGGUCGGCGGCGAGGCUCGUGAUACCACCGCCCGCUGCAGCAGCACCGCCGAAAGCAACCGGGGGGGAAGGAGGAGCGGCGCGCGAGGAAGCCGUGACUACCCCCCCCGAGGACGCGUCGCGGAGCCCCCGGAGAGGGAACAUAAAGAACGUCAGGUUUCCCCGUCGUCGGGCAUCGUGUGCGUCCCCUUCGGCGAAGCCGCCGUCGAAGUCAGGCCCCACCCCACCCCUUUCUCCUCGCACCCCGCUGCUACCGCCACGACCGGGAACGGCAACGUCGUCGGCCCCCGACGGUGCGGUGCCUGACCGGAAAGUCGCCGUAGCUCCCCCCCCGAGAACCUCGGGAGAGAAAGACGUCGUUGCCAAUCCGGGGGCAACGAACUUGGUUGUGUUGGACGGCCUCCGACUGGUGUGGACGCUGGAGAUUAGAGACAGCGUGUUUUUGUUCAUUUCCGAUGCUGUGGAGUCGUUCACGACGCCCCAGUGUGCCUCUCACUCCGGAGAAGAAGACGACUCAGCACCAUUCCGCGACGUCAACGAAACCGCUAGCGCCAAGAGGCGCGCUCCCGCCCCCGACAACGCCAGCGCGGAUUCCGCCGCUAGCGGGUUGUCGCGUUCCGGCAGGUGGCGACCGUCCUCUUUUGUGUCUCCCUCUCAAGGUGCCAACGGGAGCGGCGGUGGCGGGGUGACUGCUAGGAGGGCCUCUGAUCCUGGAAACCCAGUGUUGCGCUUGAACGCGGUUCUACCGGCCACAAUACCCGAAGGGACCGGUGGCGGCGGCGGCGGCGGCGGCGGCGGCAGCGGCGGUGGCAUCCGCAUGCCCAAGAGCGCCACCAGCUCGCCUGUUCGAACCCAAGCGCUUUCAGAAGCAGCGUGCGGUAGUGAAGAUGGUGGUGGGCGUAGCAACAGUGCUGCCGUCGGCUCGAAAGAGAAGCAACAAAGCUCGCGUAGCCCUAACGGUAGCGGUUACUCUCGCGACGAAGAAGGGGGGAGCGAAGGGGAGAAGGAAAGCGGCGAGCAAGGCGACGGAAACGAUGGUGGUGGUGAAAAUUCGCGAUCACCCUGUCGCUUUCGCUCCACUCCCCCCAGGAUAGACACGGAGGGGGGGCGUAGCCCGGAAACCAUCAGGAGUCCAGCAGCCUUCGUCGCAAGAAGCCCCGAUCGAAGCCGGGAAGCAUCUUCCGCCGGGUCAGAGCUUAGCUUCAUGGCAAGCCCGGCAAUGGAAAGCGUAUCUUCUCCACGGGGAGGAAGGCGGGAGGGAAACGACGACCCGAACUCCCUCUUGCAUUGGUUGAACGAGAACUUCAAUCAACCGACGCGGGACCAGAAACAGCCCACAAGCCCAAACAAUAAAGGAGACAUUCAUUCAUCAUCAUCCGCGACCGCAGCAGCAGCAGCCUCCACGGGAGGUUGGGCGGGUUCUCCAGCGCACCGAGGACGGCUAGUUUCUUCCUUUUCCCCGUCUUCCCUCCCUCGAGACAUCAGCUCCGUCUCGCCACGCCAAUCGGGAUCCCCGCGACGAGAGUCGAAAGGCGUUGUCAUUGGCGGGGAGACCACCGCUCGGGCGGGCGGAAGCAACCAUGGUGGCGGUGGUGGGACUCAGGGAUCGGACGGCGCGCCGGGGAAACGGCACAUUGAAUUCGAGGUGCAUCUCAAGAACCCACAGAUAAAACUCCUAGGCGACAACGCGUCCCUGAUUCUGUGUGCCGAGGGGGCGGACGUGGAGGCUAGGACCUACGGCACCUGGGGGGUGGUGUCCUCCUCUCCCGCCUCGCCGGGCGCGUCGGCAUUCCGCUCCGGGUACUUCUCUUCCCUGAGACGAAAGGAUAUCAAGGUGAAGCUCGAGAAGGCAAGGGUUUUCUCGCUUCCGGUUUCAGAGGAAGGGCUUGACAGGUGGGUAGAGCACGGAACAGCAACCACUGAGGGCGUAGUCUCACCAGCGCCGAGAAGCGGGGCACCGAAGUCCUCGCUCGCUGCCGCCGCGAGGUACUCGCCCCCCCCAGUCGGCAGAACGCGGAAUUCACCGUCAUCAUCGGGACCGCCGCCAGUGACAUCACCAUUUUUGCCGACAGGAGCAGAAGGGGGGGCGGCAGAGGUAAAAACCAAGACGGGACGAGAUGUCAGCCCGGCCAAACGGUUUUUUGCUCCUUCGCCGGCAUCAUCUCCGGCGUCUCCGACCGCAAGAACGGCGGGGGCUACGUCGAUUGGUAACAGAAACGAUGGCACUACCGGUGCCGACGGCGAGGCUAUCGAUCGGCCAACAAUCGGGGCGCCUGGUUCCAUACCUGCGGCUGAGUGCGCGGAGAACGGUGCUAGGCGUUCGACAGACGAGCUGGAGGCGGAAGGGGCAAGACCAAAGAAGAAUCGGGUUUUGGGGGCCGCGGGAGUGCCGCCGGAAGUGGUGGCGAGAGCGGUGACGGCGGGAUCUCGGCCGGGGCGACGGAAGAAAGGGACGAGCUCCGAGAGGUCAUGCGGCACUUUUCGGUCGAUGCUCUGUACGUUUACCACGAGACGCUUCCCCUCCGCGAGUCACAAGAGCGAUUUCGUCGGGCUUUGA